AUGACAUACGAGUACUUCAAAAAAUUAAUUCUCUUCCGCCGCGAUACGGAAAGCUUCAAACCUGCGCGUGCGUGCUUCAUCGAAGAGAAGAAGAAGAACAGAAACAUGACUGGAAAAGGAGGAGAUGCGAUUCGAUCUCCGCGGUGGUUAUCCAUCGAGGAUCGCUCGUUGCAAGAGAUUUACGAGUCCGUGAGAGAGUUGCUUUUGGAAACUUUGAACGAGGACGAAGGGUGGAAAGGUUUGACGCGCGAUGACAUCUCGGUCGAACCGCUUUCCGGAGGGAUAACGAACAAGAUGUUCAAGUGUGAACCGCCAAAACCACUGACACCGGUGGUUACCAGAGUGUAUGGAUCGUCCACGGAUAAAUUCGUCUCGAGAACGGACGAGAGCGAGAUGGCGUUGGCGCUAAAUAAGAGCAAUUUUGGCGCGAAAGUAAGAGCGGUGUUUCAAAACGGCUGGGUGGAAGAUUUCAUAGAGAGUUCCUCUUUAGUUCCGUUAGAUAUGAAGAAGACAGAGAUUUUGACAACCGUAGCUGGAAUUAUCAAACGAUUCCACGAAUUAGACAUGCCACACAGAAUCGCUCGGCCGCAAGCGAUAGCGGAAACAGCAACGACAUCGUCGCCGUACGGAGAAGGCGCUGCGGCAAACGUCGCCGGCGAGUUUUGGGAAACCAUAGAGGUCUGGUACUCCAUGGCGUUGGAGGUAUCUUUUCCGGAAGAUCCAGAGAAACAGAAACUAUUAGAUGCGCUGUGUGUCCCUCAGUUGAAGGAAAAGAUCAAAAGGGUUAGAAAGAUGUGCGAUGCGACAAACUCGCCGACGGUGUUUUGUCACAACGAUAUUCACGCGGGAAAUUUUCUCGUCGAGGAACCGUCCAAGAAAUUGAUUUUGAUUGACUUUGAGUACAGCGCGCAUGGACCGAGAGGAUUCGAUUUGGCAAACUUUUUUUGCGAAUUUGCCGGAUUUGAGUGCGAUUAUUCGCUCUUGCCAGAUAAGACGACGCGAGAGGUUUUUUAUGAAAUAUAUUUAUCAGCCGGCGAUACGGUCGAACAAUUGGAGAAAGAAGUGGAGGUGUUUUACAUCGCGACGCACUUGUUCUGGGGGAUUUGGAGCGUUUUACAAUCAAAGUUUUCGCCGAUAGAAUUUGACUUUUUAGACUACGCUAGGAUGCGUUUGAGGCAAGGCGCCGUGUUGCUCGGGGAAAACGCAGAUUCAAUGUCGCCUUCGAAACCGGACUCUCCUUUGGAAACGCCAAAGUCACCGAACGCGCCUUCCUCGUGGGGUACUGUAAACGAAGCGCACUUCACGAAGUCGCCUCGACAUUCGUUGGAUAAGAGUAAUACUAGGUAA